CAUAGCGACAUGACGAACUGGGAUGUUUCCAGUAGCAACCGUUACUCUGGACUGAAUAAAGUCGUUUUAAAAGAUUGAAAACAUGUCCACUCUUCUGGAUGAGACAGCAACAGAUGUGCCAGUCAGGGACUUCACAGUGAACCUGUCCCGACUCGCAGCAGUGUCAGAGCCAUCGGCGUAUCAAAAUGCUCGGGCACGACAGGACAUCUCACGUGUGUCCAGGGAGGAGUUGGAGGACCGAUUCCUGCGCCUCCAUGAGGAGACCCUGGUCCUCAAACAGGAUCUUCACAAGAAGGACGACAAGAUCAAGAAGCUGGGCACAAAGUUGAUGAGGCUGGUGAAGGACCGGGGUCGUAUGGCCCAGCUCGCGGGUGGCGGAGCCCAGCCGGUCUCCAGGGUGCGGGAUGUGGAGAUGGAGGAGAUGAUGGAGGAGCUGCAGGAAAAAGUCCGUGGACUGCAGGCGGAGAAGGAGGGGUUGAAACAGCGCCUCCUCGUGGCCAAGCAGCAGCUUGUCAACUCGCAGAGCGGCCGGCCUACACCGCACGGCCGCGUCCAGUCACGAGUCAACUCGGGAUUAAAGAAGCUGCGAGAUGACUCUCCUUCUCCAACUCGACCAAAAAGUAAUCGGAGUUUGGAGGGAGGUGGCCGACCUCCGACCGGACUCUUACCUCGAUUCGGACACAGCCUGCUGGAGGAGGCGAGGGCAGAGAUCCGCAACCUAGAGAAUGUGAUCGAGCUCCAGCGGAGCCACAUGGACGAGAUGGAGAGAUCGUCUGAGCAGCUGAGGGAAGAGCUGAGGAGGAAGGAGGCCGAACACGAGGAGAGACUUCUGCAUGUCCGACAGCAGCAGACCUCCAAACUGAGGUCACACGUCAACGGCAACGUGGCGAUGAUCAAACUGCAGAAGCAGCUAGCUGACCGGUCUAACGUCGUCACAGAGCUGGAGGGAAGAUUUCUACAACUACAGGAGAGUCAGAGGACGCUGAAGGCCAGUCACGACGCAGCGAUGCUGAAGGUGGACGAGCUGUCGGCUCAGCUGAAAGACGAGAAGAUGAAGAGUUUGGAUCUGGAGAAUCGGGUGCAGAGCUCCAACAUCCACAGGAUGGAGAUGGAGCAGCUGCAGGAGAGGAUCAGUGAGCUGCAGCAGGAGAGGGACCUCCUGAAGGACAACAAUGAAAAACUGGUCAACAGUGCGUUCGACGUGUCUCAGCAGCAGAAAUGGCAGAUUCAGGAGCAGAAGCUGAAACUGCAAAUCGCUCAGCUGGAGACGUCGCUGAAGGCCGACCUCGUCGACAAAAAUGAAAUCCUUGACAAAAUCAAGGCUGAGAGAGACACAAAUGAGAAGCUGACAGAAGAAAAUAGGAAACUUCACCUCCAGUUUCUGGAACAGAAGCAGCAGCUGGAGGAACUCAACGAGCGUCUGAAAUUCUACAGCAGGGAGAACGAGUACGACGUGUCCCAACUCACUGAGGCUCUGCUGCUCAUCAAGAAGCGUAAAUCUCAGCGGAGCGGAGAUCUGGGCUUCCUAAACGAGGUGGAGGACGGAGGCUCAGAGAGCGCCGUCCGAGAGCUGCGAGCCGCUCACGCUGAGACCAUCCAGGAGCUGGAGAAGACCAGAAACCUCCUCAGCAUGGAGAGCAGGAUCUGCAGAGACUAUAAAGCGGAGCUGGAAGCCGUGCUGAAGAAGAUGGACAGUAACAAAGCGGAGAGCGAACGGAAACUGGAGCAUCAGGCUGCUCUGCUCGACAACAGGGCCGCCAAGAUCAACAAACUGGAAGCUCAGCUCAGAGAUGUCGUCUACGGCACCAAAACCCACGUCUUCAAACCGGACGCCACAGAUGAAGAUGAGGACGAUGAGACUGAUGAAACUCUUCACCUGCAGCGUGGAGAGAACCUCCUGGAGCUUCAGGUUGUCUCCGCCACGCUGUCUCCGUCCGCCCUGCUGGCUCUGGGUGACGGCGAACCCUCCACCUUCUGUACGUACGCCUUGUACCUCUUCGAGCUGCACGCCACGCCGGUGGUGACGGGACACAGACCCAGAUACGGUUUCACCUCCAAGUAUGUGGUGAGCAUGGACGACAGCUUCCUGGACUAUUUGCACAGAAGCUGUGUGACUGUGGAGCUGCACCAGGCUCUGGGUCUGAGCUGGAGGACGCUCGCCAGCGGACAGAUUCGACUGCAGCAGCUGCUGGAGCACGACGGGAGGAUUCAUGGGUCCGUACCGCUGAUCGGUGAGAGCAGCGAGGCUCUGCCCUUCGGCUCACUGGAUUACUGGCUGAGACUGAGGAUCCCCAUGACGGAGACCAUCCACCUGUUUAAGGAGAAGGUGACGGCGGCAAGCUUCAUCAACCAGGAUGCACAGCUGCAGCCACGUGGUGGUGGCAGCCUGAAUGAACUCUCCAUCACUGUUCAACGCUGCCGAGGCCUGAAGAAGUCCAGAGGCUCCGAGCAGCCGAGCCCCUACGUGGUUUACAAGUUCUUUGACUUCCCUGACUACCCGACCGCCACCGUCCAUGACUGCUGCGACCCCGUCAUCAACAACCUCAAGUCCUACUCCGUCCCGAUGGAUGCAGACCUGGACCGGUACCUGAACUCUGAGGUCCUCCAGUUCUACGUGUUCGACUACAAAGAGGAGCAGAUGGACACGUACAUGGGGAAGGCCAGAGUGUCUCUGCUGCCUCUGGUCCGGGACGAUGGGAUCGCUGGUGUGUUCGAGCUCACCGAUCCCUCAGGACUUCCUGCCGGACACAUCGAAGUGACGCUGAAGUGGAAGUUCCCUCACCUCCCUCCGUCAGCCUCCAUCAGGACUGUUGAAGAGUUCAUCCCAAAGGAGAGAGAAAACAAACCAUCAGAUCAGCUCGUAGUGAAAGACGAGACGAGAGACAGGGAGGUUAAUGAGACUCUGCAGGACGAAGACAAACAUCUGUCUCAUCAUCGGCCCGUUCUGCCCCUAGAGGUCUCUGCUGCGAAGGCCCCACUGCCAAAACUCAGACAGAAGACACAACUGACGGCCAAAAAGGUCUCAUUCAUAGAUCCGUCAGCUGCAGAGCAGCAGGUUGUGUCAGAAGCGUCUCGGGCUGCUCAGAACGCAGCAGUGGAGGAGGAAGAGGACGAAGAAGAAGAGUCUCACUUCUCUGAAGGUCAACUGCUCGCAUCUCACUCCGACGACUCUGAAAUCUCAGAGGAAAUCACUGAAGAUGUGGAGGAGGCCCCAGCAGCAGCAGCAGCAGCAGCAGCAGCAGCAGCAGCCAGAGAAGAUGGGAGCGGAUCGAGUCAGUCCGACAGCGAUGACUGCAUAGUUCACGGACAGUCUGCAGGGAGGAAGCCGGCUGAUCGAGUGCGGGUGGAGGUCGUGUCUCUCAGCCUGAGUCCGGAGUCUCGGGUGUCCCGGGAUGACAGCGUGGUGCGUUUGUUUGUGGAGUACUCUCUGUUGGAUCUGCCCACAGAGGAGACGCCCCUGUCUCUGCCCAAACCGCCCCGGGGCAAGAGCAUCAACUACAACUACAGUAAAGUGGUUCCUGUGGACGUGGAGAGCAACGCAGCGAGGCGGCAGCUGCUGAGGGGCGUCCUGCGGGGACAAAACCCUCAGAUGGAGAGGAUCCGGUUCACGGUGGUGAGCGAACCUCCGGAGGAAGAGGAGCAGGAGAGGGAGUGUGAGGAUGUCGGGGUGGCCUUCCUCAGGAUCCCCGAAAUCCUGGAGAGACAACAAGACCUGACGGAGACCAGCCUGAAUGUGUUGGACGUGGAGGACAGCAGUAAGGUGGUUGGCAGUCUGACUGUGUCUGUGGAGGGACUGGAGGCUCUGCAGGCCAUCAUGCAGGACCAAGACCGGGACCAGGAGUGAAGCUCGGCUUCCGUCAACACGAGGCAACACCAUGACACAAAACACACCAGCAGACAAAUAACACGAUGUGUGUAUCAGAAACAAGUACACUAGAUUUUACCUGCAGAACUUUAUUAAAUACUUUCAGAACUGAAGCUGUUCAGUUUCUCUGUCAAUCAAACACUUUAUUCGUAACCGAUGGCCCAUUGGAAGGCCGUUGGAAAGUUAAAGUAAACACUUUUCAGAGGAAAUGUGAGGUUGAGAUUGUAAAGAAGCUCGAGUGAAAAUAAAAAUGAAACCUUCCCUGUUCUAGAGGAAGAAGAAUCUACUUGGUACAUUUUAUAAAUUUACUUGAAAAGUAAAUUAUUUAAUAUAUAAAACUGUUUCCUCACUUUCAGAAUGUAUUGUAAACUGUAAAUGUAAUUUAGGAUUUGUACUGUGUGGAUUCUCUGCAGUUUUUGAGGGAGAAGGGAUUCAUUAGUUACUGUAGUAGCUCAGGUACUGCAGCAGCUAGAAAGAAGCUUUAGUUUCUACGGUCUGGGAAUCUUCGUUGUUGUUUAUAGGAGACAGAUGUCUCACGAAUGUGCCUUAAAUUUGAUAUUUCCUACCAUGUUUUGUAUUGUGCUCUAAUAAAGAGAGAUUUUUCUGUA